CUUGUUUUAGGACAAAUUAUUUGCAAACAAGGGACACAGAAGCCAUGUUACAAAGUCAUUUAUUUUCAUGAUACAUCAAGAAGGCUGACGUUUCAGGAAGCUCAGGAUGAAUGUAGACGGGAUGGUGGUUACCUGAUAAUUAUCAAGUCUGAAGCAGAGCAAAGAUUUAUACAGAAGCUCAUUCAAAGCAUCACUAGUUCUGAUGGUGACUUCUGGUUGGGUCUCAGGAGAAAUGAUGAUGACUCCCCAAGUUCCAGCGACUGCCAGAGUCUGUACACUUGGGUUGAUGGCAGCAAACCCACAUUUUGGAACUGGUAUGUGGAUGAGCCAUCAUGUGGGAGUGAGGGUGUGUGUGGUCAUGUACUAUCAGCCAUUGACUUCUCCUGGUGUUGGUGGACCCUAUAUGUUUCAGUGGAACGAUGACCGAUGUAACAUGAAGAAUAACUUCAUAUGUAAAUAUUCAGAAGAAAAGACAGCUCGUCCCCCAAUGAAAAACACGUCAUCAUCACAUAUUGAUAUUGGAGCCAGUACUACCAAGGACCCAGAAAUAUCCAUCAAAAACACCAAUGAGACAGCAAAAGAAGCUGCAGAGACCUAUAUCCAUUUCAUUCUCAUCGCAACAAUCCCAGUGCUGACACUCUUUUUCAUUUUUAUUGGAGUUUUGUGUUGCUGCUUCAUAGAAAGAAGAAAACAGCAAAGAAGUGAAACAGCUGUUAAAGAGCCCAGCUUCUGGAUGUCCCCACACAGAAGGAACAGCCCUAACCUGGAGAUCUACAAUGUCAUCAAGAAACAGACGGAUGCAGACUUAGCAGGAACAAGGCCAAAUAUCCGCAAUACCUCAUUUCGGGUGCCAUCAGGGGAGAUCUCGCCUAUGGAUAAUCUCUCGGGUGAAUAUGAUAAUAUGGCUGGAAACCAUUCAGAGAGUGGCUUUGUAACACUAGCCAGCACAGAAAGUGGCUUUGUCACCAAUGAACUGUAUGAGCUGUGUAACGACAGGUAUGGGAGAAGCACAGAAUCUGGCUGGGUUGAAAAUGAGAUCUAUGGAUAUUAG